GGUCUUAUGAUAAGUCAAUUUAAGCAAGGCGACCAGACAAGAUGGCCGCUCGCAUGGAGCAAACUUGUUGCCGGAAGCAGUCGUCGAUUCCUGGUUUUUCGAACGUUUUCAUCCCACCUCCACCCCUCACCGUGAACUUGUCGGACACUUCGGGUUGUUGAAGAGGUACCAGACAAGAAAAUAUCCGAACUACCCCGCUGUGACCUCACUACCCAAUACUCAGUUACUUCCUCACACACACAACCCUGUCUCCGAGCAUCCGAGCCUUGGAGAUCCAGCUACGCGAACAGUCGGUCAAUGCGCGGACGCGGAUAUGAAGCAGCCGAAAAUGACGAGAACGAGUACGAGGUAGUCCUGAGCCACGGUGGUGAUGAUUCUGACACGCAAUCGGUCGAUACCGAAGAAGGUGUGGUCUUGUCCUACGAGGAUGAAGUAGAUGAUCAGGACGUCGCUUUGGUGACGUCCGGCUCCGGCUUGGCAGAUGUGGAAGCCGGAGCGGGGACGGCGGAGGGCAAUGGUUCCACAAGGGGCGGGAGCAACUCUGUCAAGAAACAGAAGGACGUCGCUUGGAGGGACUUGCCAAAGAAGAAACAGUUGGUGCUUAUUACUUUGACACGACUUAGCGAGCCGUUGGUCCAGACCUCAUUGCAGUCGUACAUGUUUUACCUGCUGAAAUGGUUUGAUCCUGAGCUAUCUGACUCCAUCAUCUCGAGACAAGCCGGCAUUCUCCAGGCCAGUUUUACUGCAGCGCAGUUCUUUACCGCCAUGAUCUGGGGCCGUGUGGCCGACUCAAAUUGGGCAGGUCGUAAGACCGUCAUUUUGAUAGGCUUACUAGGCACAAUGAUAUCUUGUAUUGGAUUCGGCUUCUCGACAUCGUUCUAUCAAGCCCUGUUCUUUCGGUGUCUCGGAGGGGCAACGAACGGGAAUGUUGGGGUAUUGAGGACAAUGAUAAGUGAAAUAGUUCGCGAGAAGAAAUACCAAUCACGGGCUUUUGUUUUAUUACCGAUGACCUUCAAUAUUGGCAUCAUCGUUGGACCAAUAUUAGGGGGCAUCCUUUCUGACCCAGCAGGUUCCUAUCCUGAAACUUUCGGAAACUCGACCUUCUUUCAAAAAUUCCCGUAUGCUUUGCCUAACAUUGUCAGCGCCGUCUUUCUAUCAGUAGCCUUAAUGGGGGUGUGGCUAUUUCUAGAAGAGACACACGAUGCUCUCCGAGACCGACGCGACUAUGGUCGUACUCUUGCCAAGAAACUCGGUGUACUCUUCAGCAGACAACACAACACCGUGAAUUAUACGCCACUGCACUCUCGAAAUAAAAGCACAGAUACAGAGCUGUUGCCCAUGUCCCCAGAAGAUCACCAACUAUCGCAGAAGUAUCCCCCACGGUGUCGAUACACCACCAGACUCCCCUUCCGUAGAAUAUUCACCCGCAACGUCUGCCUCACCUUCUUCGCACACUUCUUCCUCGCCUCCCACCUGGGAACCUUCAACUCCCUCUGGUUCGUCUUCCUCUCCACCCCCGUCUACAACCCCGCGAAACCCGACCCACCCGGCUUCCACCCCACUCUCCCUUUCCGCUUCACCGGCGGUCUCGGACUCCCCCCCAGAUUCGUCGGAAUAGCCAUGGCCUUACUGGGCGCCAUCGGCAUCACCAUGCAACUCUUCCUCUACCCACGCCUAUCAGCUCGCCUCGGCACUGUCCUCUCCUGGCGGCUAUGUCUCUGCCUCUUCCCGCUAGCCUAUACUUUUAUUCCCUACCUCGCCAUCGUCCCCUCGACAACUGAGCCCCCGAGCCAGAAAACCGGCCCCUUGAUCUGGGUUGCGCUCGCAGGCGUGUUAUUUAUUCAAGUGACAGGACGGACGUUCGCGUUGCCGGCCCAGACGAUCCUCGUCAACAAUUGCACGCCCCAUCUCAGCGUGCUCGGAACCGUCCACGGCCUAGCACAGUCACUCAGCAGUUUUGCUCGGACAGUAGGGCCCGUUGCGGGUGGGUUUCUGUAUGGAUUGGGGUUGAGUCACGGGCUAGUGGGAGGCGUGUUCUGGGCCAUGGCUGGGGUGGCGGUUUGUGGGCUAGUAGCGAGUUUCUGGGUGAAGGAGGGGAAUGGACAUGAGAUUUGGUUGGAAGGAGAUGAGGAUGAUGAGAAUAGCAAUGGCUGAUUUGGGGGCAACUAAGAGUUAGACUUUCAAGAGUGCAUAUACACCUUCAUUUUAUGUUUGUAGACUGUUUUUGGCCCGGUUUACAUGGGCAGGUCCAUCGUGGGAUUAAUUAGUAUGCUCGUAGAUUAGAGACGAGAGAGGACGCCUCGGCAUAUAGCACAGUACAG